CGGUCCCCAAAGGGCCAACUCAACUCUUUGUCUACAGAAAAGAAAGAGAGAGAGAGAGACAAGGAGAGAGAGAAAAGGGAGUGUUGGAGGUAAGAAUCCAGAGGCAGAUCUGCACCAAAAAUUCAACAGAACACAAAAAUUCAACAGAACAAAUAUAGAUACCAUCGAGGCUGCGCAAAAGUAAAAAAGGGAAAUUAGGAAUAUCGUUUUUGAUACCAUACCAUUCCUUUUUACUUCUUGACAAGAAGUUGUACAUAUAAUAUAUAUGUAAACUUAUCAUCAUUUUGUGUGUGCACAUUUUUCUAUAGUGGGGUUGGAGGCGGUGGAUGGUUUUUGUAGGAGAAGAAGAAGAACAUGAUUGAUUUGAGAGAAGGGAGUUGUUAUCCUAAGUCUUUAAUGGGAGUGAAUGUGGCUCUUGCUUCUGUCGAUGCCCUUAUUGCACUUCUUGCUUUUGCUCAGUUAAUGAGAAUUCACUCUCGGAAUACGCACAAUGGCUGGACUCGUCAGAAACUUAAGCUUUUAGAUGAGAUGGUCACACACUUCAACAUGGUAUCAGAGCAGGCAGAGGUCCUGAGAUCGAAGCUCACCGCCGCCAUUAUUAAAAAGAGUUUCCACGUUGCUUGGCCCAUAACAUGAAGGGGCGUGUUGAGAAUAUAAUUAUAAUAAAAGCGUGCUCUCCGCUUAAGCUUUUAGAUGAGAUGGUCACAGACUUCAACAUAAGCAUUGCCCAAAUUACUGAUAAUCAUGUAUUUCACUUGAUGAUUGGAUCUUCGAAUUUGGGUUAUUUCCUUUAUUUCGUGUUGACAAUUGUUGCCGCUUGUAAGGGUUGGAUUUGCUGGUCGCGCUCCUGUGGCUUUGUUGUUAUGGCUUUCCCCAAAAUUCUUUUCCUUGCUGCAUUUCUUCUUCUUCUUUCAUUCUGGGUUGAUCUUUGUCAUCAGCCAAAUGAUGAAGAAGAUGAAGAUGAUGCGUAUAGUCCUCGUGAAGUCUUGUUGGAGAAGAACAAACCGACUUCAAGUGCUGAUAGUCGCCGAAGAUGUUGCUCUUUUCGUGCAGUCAAAGUUGGAAGCCGCCAAAAAGUUGUGGUUCUGGUUACUCUGUUAGUUUUCCUGUUAAUGUUGGUUGCUGCUGUACUGAUAUGGAUUGGGAGGGGAAGGAACCCUAUCGAUUCUUCUGUUGUGGCUCGGGUGUAUGUAGAUCUCUUUGCCGUAGCAGUUCUGCUGCUGGGAGUGGCAUUGGCAUGCUAUGGCCUGGUAUUGUUACUGAAAAUGAGCAAAGUGAGAUCUGAUAGGGCUGCUUCAGAUAUGUGGAAGGUUGCAGGCUUGGCAGGUGUUUCUGUGCUAUGUUUCACUUCAAGUGCCGCUGUCGCCGUAUUCACAGAUAUACCUCUUCUUUUUAACUGGCAUGGACAGAAGAUAAAUGGUGUUUGUACAUCUCUUCUCAUGGUUUUGUAUUAUUUUAUAGGUUCUUCUGUACCUUCGGCAUUUGUGCUAUGGGUGAUGAGAGAACUACCACCUCCACUUGUCACUUUCGGGCAGCAGGAGUCGAGGACAAUAGCUUUUAUAAGUGAUAGUUCAGCGACUGUACAGCCUCAGCGAUGGACAGCUGCUGCAAGUGUGCAGAAUCAGGUCUCAAGGGCGAGCCCCAUAUGAUCAGUGUGAUGGAAUUGUACAUUGAUUGGUGAUUUUCAGCUACAAAUGAGGGACUGACAAUACUAAAAAUGAGAUAAAUUCUCAGUUGAGUUCUCGGGAUUGUGGUUGAGUGAUCGAAGAUGGCUCAACUCGAUGGAAAAAUAUCCCCAUGCCAAGGUGGUUGCUCGGGGUACAGAUGUCUGUAAAUAGCAAACAUUGCCAUGAUCUUUCUAAAUUUUACAGACUCCUUUUUGUUGAUAUAAUGAGGUUUUAGAUGUUUCUUGCCCUUCUAA